GCGGCCUCCGCCAGGAGCCCGCGUCGACGCUGCUGCGUCCGGCCGGCUCCGCCGAGCCCGCGGCGGCGGCGCCCGAGCCCCCGAAGGAGCUGGAGCAGGAUGCGGCGGAGGACUCCAGGCCGAGGCUGAAGGCCACGGCGGAGUUCCUGACCAAGGACACCACGAUGAACAUAAUGCCGUCGACCUACGGCAACAUCCUCAUGGCACUGUCCGACGGUGGCAUCCAGCACCUGUUGGCCGGAGCCCGCGCGAGCGUCGGCGUCACGUCCGGGAGGCACAUGUUCGAGGUGAAGAUGGUCGAAAUGGUGAACGCGGUUGAUCCAGGC